CUUUUUUUUUUUUUUAAGACUCUAACAAGAUGCCUUCUGCUGCUCUAACAACAGCCGAAGAUAAGAAUAAAGUUAGAAGGGCUUUACCAACGGCUAAAAUAUAUGCGGCUACUGUAGCAAGACUUUACGUAGCUUAUCCAAACCCGAGUAAAUGGGCCUAUUCCAAUAUAUGGGGUGCUGUGACUUUUCUCAAGGAUAAAAAGAAACAUUCUUUGUAUAUUCGAAUUGUCGACCUUAUUCAUCAUAAAGGUGUCAUCUGGGAACAAGAACUAUACGAUGGUUUUCAACUCAAUAAGCAAACACCUUUCUUCUUCACUUUUGCUGCCGAUGAAUAUAUGGCUGGUCUGUCUUUCAGCAAUGAAGAUGAUGCGUCUGUAUUUUUAAAUAAGGUUACAACAAGAGAAAAGGAAGCACCCUCGAAGAAGAAAAAGACCAAAGAAACAAGUGGAAAAAAGCCAACACGAGGAAAGCUCAACAAAGCCCAAAUUGGGUUGCCAUCCGAAUUUAGACAUCUUGGACAUAUCGGUUAUACUCCCGAAAAAGGUUUCAGCGUACAGAAUAAUGAUUCUGAAUGGAAUGGAUUAUUCGAUCAACUUCAGUCUCUAGGAAUAUCGCCACAAGAAAUUACGGAGAAUCAAGACUUUAUCAAGGAUUUUGUUAAUCAAAGAGGCGGUCCUCCAGCUCCUCCACUUCGACCUUCUGCCAAGAAAUCUCGUGCUCCUCCACCACCACCUCCUGUUCGACGCACUGCUCCUCCUCCUCCUCCUCCUCCAGUGGGCGGUCGUCGACCUCCACCUCCACCACCACCACCAUCAUCAACUCGAAGAAAUCCUCCACCUCCACCACCUACUCGACCAACAACACAACAUCAUGUCUCAUCUGCAAGAGCUAUUCCACCUCCUCCACCUCCUGUUGUCUCAACACCUGCUACUCAUCCAACCUAUUCGAUCUCACCAGUGAUACCAAGUCCAACUUUGUCUGAUGAACGUCCUAUUCAAUCAUAUCAUCAAACACCAACAGAACCUGUUCAUGAAGAACAACACGAUAUGUAUCAACCUCAAAAGUCCAACAAUCCAUACCGUCUGUCCACUAUUUCUGUUGUUCCACCACCACCACCACCUCCUCCUCCUCCUUCAGUAUCAGCAGUAACUGUACAAUCUACUCCUACUUACUCACAAUCAACUGGUGGGUUUGAUGAUACGUAUAAUCAAGAUUACGACGAUAACACUCGAGCUUCAUCACCUGAAUUUUUUGAUGCAGCAGAAGCCCCUGAAGCUCCGAUGCCACCACCAUUACCUGGAAGAAACAACCGUGGUCCUCCUCCACCACCACCAUUACCUGGAAGAAAUAAUCGUGGUCCUCCUCCUCCUACACCAUCUGGACCUAGACCAUCUCAACCAAAACGACCCGCAAUGGCACCACCAACUAAUGGAUCAGCACCACCACCUCCACCACCUCCUCCUCCAGCAACAACUUCAGUUGAUGCACCAUCAGCACCACCACCUCCACCACCACCACCUCCUCCAGGAACAGCUAAUGGACUACCUCCACCUCCACCUCCUCCUCCUCCAGCAACAACUUCGGCUAUUGGACCACCUCCACCACCACCACCACCACCACCUUCAGCUCCAACAACAUCGUCCUUACCUCCAUCAUCAAACAAUGGAACAUCAAAUUCUCCUGAGAGCGGACGAGGUGCUUUACUAGAUUCGAUUCGUAAUGCAGGCGGUAUUGGAUCAUUGAAAAAGACUCCCAAGGAACUUCAGCGCGAUCGUAGUGGUGUUUCCUCCAAUUCAUCCAUGGCAAGUACGGGUAUGGGAACAGCAGCAGGAGCAGCAGCCGGUGGUAUAGGAUCUCCUAUGGGCGGCGAUGAUUUGACUUCAAGUUUAUUCAAUGCUUUACAAAACCGCAAGAAAUCCGUAUUAGCUGAUGAUGACGAUGAAGAUGAAGAUGAAGAAAGUGAUGGAAGUGAAUGGGAAUAGAAAUAUUGUUGGGUUUUAUCUCCAUCUUUUUGAUUUGGCUUAGGUUAUCAUCAACACAUAACAUUCAUUUAUUUUCUUCCCCUUUUUUUAGUCUCUUAUAGACAUACCAUCUAGUUUUAUUUAUUACUUUUUCUUCAAUCUUGUAUUUUGAUCUACUUUCUCUCCUUUUAUUCCUUUAUGCAUGAUCAUUAUGUUAAUAAAAAGUAAACCAGCAAUAUGCUUUGCCAACUGGUUUGAUGUUUUUUUUUUUU